AUGGCGUUCAUGGGUGCGAUGGAGCUCAUCGGCCAGCUCAUCGGGCCCAUCAUCGGCGGGAGCCUCACGGACAACGUGUCCUGGCGUUGGUGUUUCCUGCUCAACGUACCCAUCGGCGCCGUCUGCGGCCUCGUGCUCGCGUUCCUCAUCCGCACCAACAGGCAGCCUUGGGUCGAGAUCUUGCACCGGCUCAGGGGCCUUGAUUAUCUCGGGAUCGUUAUCCUGUGUCCCGCAGUCAUCUUCGUCCUCUUUGUCGUGAACACGGGCGGCACAUCAUACGCGUGGAACAGCGCCCUCAUCAUAGCAAUGAUUGUCCUGGCCGUUGUCCUCAUGGCGGCUUUUCUCAUCUGGGAGAAGCGCAAGGCGGACAGCGCCUUGAUACCGUUCCGACUGAUAAGGAAUCGCAACAUUGUCUGCGCCGCCAUCUUUGCUUUUAGCAAUGGUGUGGCGGUAGCAGUGUAUGACUACUACAUCCCAUUAUGGUAUCAGACCAUCAAAGGCUACACUGCCGGCGACUCAGGUGUACUGCUCCUGCCGCUCAACGCCUGCACCGCCGGGGGCAUUAUCCUCGGGGGCAUAAUAGUGGACAAGAUCGGCUUCUUCAAUCCCAUAAUGAUGCUCGGCGGCACUUUAACCUCCGUCGCUUCAGGCGUCCUGACUACUAUUAGCCUGUCGACAAGCAAAUCACGCCUGAUGGGCUAUUCCGCCCUCGCAGGGCUCGGUGGCCUGGCCCUGCAGCAGCCACUGACCGCAGCACAUAAUGCUGUCGGGAAGGGCCCGCUGUCACCGUCGGCCAUGUCCCUUAUGCUCUUUAGCAACAUGGUUGGGAGUUCUGCCGGCCUCGCCAUCGCCCAGGCCAUCUUCAUGGGCCAGCUCAAGGCCACGUUGUCGUCUGUGCCGGGCGUCCGGGCGGAGGACAUUAUCAACAGCGGCGCGUCGGAGCUGCGGGACUUGGUGGAUCCUCAGCAGCUGCCCAGGGUGAUGCGGCUCUACAACAAGUCCCUUACCAAGGUCUUCUUCAUAGGUGUGGGCACUGCCAUUUGCAUGUUUGGGGCGGGAUUGUUCGCGAGAUGGCACCGCACGACGAACAAGAAAUGA